AUGUCGGACACUUUUGACUUUAUCGUUGUUGGUGCCGGCCCAGCAGGUUCAGCCCUCUCCGCGCGCCUAGCCGCAGCCCCGUCCAGGCCCAGCGUCCUCCUCCUCGAGGCGGGCGGCUCCAACGACGGCAUCGCGCACCUCUCGGGCGCCGAGCGCUUCGCCGUCGCCUUCCAGCCCGGCAGCCCCCUGAACUGGUCCUACAAGACCACGCCGCAGCGCCACCUCGACAACAACCAGGAGAUCGACUACUCCCGGGGCAAGGGGCUUGGUGGCAGCACGGCAAUCAACUUCUGCGGAUGGGUCGUCGGCCCAGACGAGGACUACAAUGAGUGGGAUCAGCUUGUCGAUGGUCGUGGCAGGUUUGCGUGGAGCAAUGUGAGGAGGAUACUGAAGGACAAGGUCGAGCGGUUUCAUAAUGACGUCCCCCGGGAGUACGGGAAGUGGUUUCAACCAAAGCCUGAAGAUCACGGCACGACCGGGGCUGUCGACGUCUCGUACCAAGAGGACUGGUUCGACAUCUGCAAGGACCUCUUCACGGCCGCGGAGCAGACCCCGGGCUUCGACGGCGUCAACCCGGACGUCAACAGCGGCGACCCCAUCGGCAUGGGUAUUGGCACGCUGUGCGUCUACGGCGGGAGCAGGAUCACCUCUGCGAGCGCGUAUGGGCUGCAUGCACCGGCAGAGAACUUGACGGUCGUCACGGAUGAGCUUAUCGAGAAGGUGAUAUUUGAGCAGCAGCCUGGUGGCAGUGGUGAGAGUAUUGCUGUGGGCGUGCGCUCUGUCUCGGGCAAGGAGUGGUGUGCAAUCAAGGAGGUCGUCAUCUGCGGCGGCGCAAUCAACACGCCACAACUACUCAUGCUAUCUGGUGUUGGGCCUAGAGAACAGCUGGAAAGGCAUGGGAUCAAGGUGGUCAAUGACUUGUCGCAGGUUGGGCGCAAUCUACAGGACCACUGCUUCUCGACGGCAGGCAUCGUGAUCAAGAAGCGUCCCGGCGAAAGUGAGCUUGGGCCGAAGAAGUUCGCCUCGCCAAUGGGCUGGUUCAAGUUACCUGCUGUCCAUGCAUCCAAGGAGUUUCAAGAACUACCCAGAGAGACAAGAGAGUUCCUGGAGAGGCCACACGUGCCAAACUGGGAGAUCGCAGCGCUUACACCAUUCUUCGCCGACACACCACUUGCCGAGGACGAGGAGGUCUUCUCAUCCAUGGCGCUCAUCAUGAACCCCCAGUCAAGAGGCACAGUCACAUUACAGUCGACAGACCCCCGCCAAGCACCACUCAUCGACCCCAAGUUUCUCACACAUCCCUAUGAUAAGCGGAACGCCAUCGAGUCCCUACGUGAGAUGCUUAGAUACCAGCAGGCACCGGCGUGGAAGGCACGCGAGGUGACCAGAACAAUAGGCUGGCCCGCGGGGACUUCCUACGAGACUUCGCCAGACAACAUGUCUGAUGAGGCUCUGUGGUCGAUUGUCAAGAGCAAGGUUGGAAGCUCGUGGCACAUGUCUGGAACCUGCCGGAUGGGGGCCAAGGGAGCCAGCAAGGAGGAUGCCUGUGUGGAUUCUGACUUCAGGGUGAUCGGGACAAGACGCCUGCGGGUGGCUGAUAUGAGUAUUGUGCCACGGGUCAACAACAACCACACACAGACGACAGCGUACAUCAUCGGGGAGUUGGCAGCCGAACAGCUGAUCCAAGAACAUGGGCUCAGCCGACUUCAGCGAAGCACCUUGUAG